UCGGACUGUUUUCGUGGCUGGACCAGAGUACGUUGAACUUGGGAGCUGUGGCUUUGAUCUCCUUCUGUUAACCCCCGUUCCUCCACCUGAAGAACCUUUGAUCCGAGAUGUCUCCUCUCGCCCGGUGGCUCCGCAGCGGACCCGCGGGCUUCGGGCCGCUGUGGCGCCGCAGACACUCGGGAAAGUUCGUCUGUUUGUCUUCGGACUCGAACUUGUUGCGCUGCAGCUCGUCCGCCGCGUUCCCCCCGAACACACAGCGUCCGACCCGCAGCGGCUCCAGGGGCCUCACCGGCUCUGCCAGGACCGAACCGGUCCGAAUCGGCUGUGCCUCCGGGUUCUGGGGGGACACAGCGACCUCAGUGCCUCAGCUGAUCUACAGCGGAAAGCUGGACUUCCUGGUUUUCGACUACCUCAGUGAGAUCACCAUGUCUCUGCUCACCGCCGCUAAGACCAAGAUGCCUAAUCUGGGCUACGCUCCGGACUUCGUCCACGUCGCUCUGGCUCCGUUCAUUAAUGACAUCCACAGGAAAGGUAUCCGUGUGGUCAGUAACGCAGGAGGCGUGAACCCUCUGGCCUGCGCCGAGGCCAUACAGGAAGUCAUCAAGAAGGCGGGCCUCGACCUUAAGGUGGCUGUGGUUACCGGCGAUGACCUCAUGCCCCAAAGAAGCAGCCUGGCUGAGGUAAAGAUGGCCGACGGCAGCAGACAGCGGUUACCGAAGACGCUCCACAGUAUGAACGCUUAUCUGGGAGCUGGUCCGAUCCGGCGCUGUCUGGAUCUCGGGGCCGACAUCGUGGUGACGGGACGCUGCGUGGACAGCGCGGUGGCUCUGGGGCCGCUCAUGCACACCUUUGGCUGGCAGAGGGACGACUAUGACCUACUUGCAGCUGGGAGUCUUGCAGGUCACCUGAUCGAGUGUGGGGCUCAGAGUACAGGAGGGAUCUUCACCGACUGGCACAAAGUUCCUGACUGGGACAACAUGGGCUUCCCGGUGGUCGAGUGCUCGAGGGACGGCUCCUUCGUUCUCUCCAAACCGCCCAAAACCGGCGGCCUGGUCUCCUUCGGCACGGUGGCCGAGCAGCUGGUGUACGAGAUCGGCGACCCACGGCGUUACCUGCUGCCCGACGUCAUUUGUGACUUCACCCAGGUGGCCAUCAAGGAGAUACCAGGUGUGGAGGGAGGAGCUGUCAAAGUGACCGGUGCUAAAGGCUUCACUCCAUCACAUGACUACAAGGUGUGUGCGACCUACAUGGACGGCUUCAGGGCGACGGCGGUGUGUCCAGUGGGAGGGCCGAGGGCCACGGAGAAGGCCAGACGGACGGCGGACACCAUCAUCAAACGCACGAAUCGGAUGUUCAAGCAGCUGGGAAUGGAAGAUUUCAGCUCAGUCAACGUCCAGGUCCUGGGAGCUGAGGACACUUAUGGUCCCAACGCUGACACCAAGGGCUCCAGAGAGGCAGUGAUUUGGAUGGCCGUCUCCCACAAACAGAAGAAGGCUCUGGAACUUUUUGCCAGAGAAGUUGCUCCUGCAGGGACCGGCAUGGCUCCGGGACUCACCGGCAUCGUGGGCGGACGUCCCCGAGUGUCUCCUGUUCUCAAGGCGUUCUUCUUCUUGCACCCGAAAUCUGAACUCAAGGCCGACAUUCACGUUGACGGACAGUUGGUGGAGACGCUUUCAGAGGCGGAGCUAGACAAGCCUGAGCUGGAGGCCCCUCCCACCACAGAGGACGACGCACCUGAGAGUGACCUGCCCAGUGGACGAUACAGCUACAGACUGGAGGAACUGGCCUACACGAGGAGUGGAGACAAAGGAGACUCAGCCAACAUCGGCGUCGUCGCUCGUCAUCCUCUUUUCUUCCCGUACCUGAAGAAACACCUGACGUCCUCAGUGGUGGAGGAAUAUUUCUCUCACCUCCUUCAGCCUGGAGUCGCCAACGCUGUCACACGAUUCACGCUGCCAGGGAUCCACGGCCUCAACUUUGUGUUGCAGAGUUCACUGGGCGGGGGAGGGGUGGCGUCCCUGCGCAGCGAUCCCCAGGGUAAAGCCUUCGGUCAGAUGCUGCUGGACGUGAAGCUGAGGGGGCUGCCCAACCUCAAGUCACUGGUGGACUGAGGGACGUCCACGAGCGGCAAUGAAGCUCCCAGCAGGAGAGGAGACGAACGUGAGACACAGGAUCAUUCACAAUCACGUACGAGAGAAAAGGACCCAAUCAAGGAGAAGACAGUUUAGUUUAUACUGCGCAGUUUAACACCAAACAGCAGGUUUAGGAUCUGAACAACAUUUGCGAUUUGGCAAAGAUUCACAGGAUUUUUAACCACAAUGAGAAACAAAAGGGUGACGUCCAGGAAACUGUAAAAUACUCCGCCACCACACCAUAAAUAAUUUUAUGAGGGAAGCUUGAAUGUUCAGAUUCAACCUUGGAACGAGCGGUUUAAGAACAAAUGUGGGGUCCGUGAGAUGUGGCUGAGAGCUCUGUGGUAAAAGUUUAAAGAGGCUUCAGUUCACCAGGAGCAACCGGGACAGCUACAGUUGUUCUCUCACACAUCUCAAUUCAAAAAGAGACACAUACGACCGCCGCUGCUACACAACUACACUUUUUUUACCUUUUCUAUUCUAAACUAAUGAUCAAUUAAUCAAGAAAAUAACCAAUGGAUAGAAUCAGUAAUGAAAAUGGCCGCUGCACUAGCUCAAAGCUCCAGAGCAGAAAGAUGAGGUUUCUCAACUACUUCUUUCCAAAUUUUAAGUGUAAAUCCGCUGCUGAGGACCAUGUAAUGUGGUUCAAAGUUCCAAAACAUCUGUUAAACGGCCCUUGAGCUGAAGACGGUUUUGUCAACCAACAAUUAUUUUGUCAGGACUUGAUCUUUGUAUUGAAAAAUGGUUGGUAACUGCGUAUGAAUCACAGGAUCCAACUUCCAAACCCUCUGAGCAGAAUGGUAAAUGGCUUCCUGCCGCCAUCACCAACAUGUUGAUAGGGUUUUCCAGCCCAGGGGGGACAUGAUGAUGAUCUGGAUUUAAACUCCUCGCCAGCUUCAGGGAAAUUGCCCCUGACCUCCUACUUCCCUCCGAAGGGGAGAGGUGGUUUGGCUUUCCCUCGGAGGGUAAACAAAGUAUCCGCCCGGGCAGCGAGACGCUCUGUUCAGAUAUCAGAGGAGACACAUGCUCGCAGGCCUCACGUCGAACGGGCCCGGCGCCUGGUUUCCCCACGGCGCGUUCACCUCAACACGACCGGGCUCCAGUGUUCGCCGCCCCGCAGGAAUGUGAGUCUCCUUCCACCAAACCGACUCUGUGGCCUCUGGUCUGUUUAUCUAUAAUUGCAAACAGGCUGAAGCUGCAGACAGAGUCUCUGCAGAGCUUCUGUCAUGGAUAGCAACUCAUCUCACCCACCUCCUCUGAAUCAUUCUCUCCCUUCCCCAAAUCGUCCUCCUCAUGCUGCUGCACUUUUCUCUCAUCAGCAAAAAUGUGGAACGUCUCCUCUUUUCCCCUUUUCCUCUUUGGUUUCUUAACCUCUCUGAUGUAUCCCCGACCUUUGACCUCCUCUGGUUCUUUGGGACUUUACUGAUCUAGGUACCUAGAAGUAUUUCGUCAAUGGGAUGAUUCCAAACAAGAAAAAGGAAACCACAUGAAACGUCUUCCUCAACCAAUAAACAAACAGUUUUCUUCCUGACAGACAAACAGUCAUUGCGACACAACUAAUCUUCACAGACCUGAAUGGGAACCAGAGUUUAACAAGUGUAAAUCAGGCCAAUAAAAGAAGAAAAAUAAAAAAACAUUGAACUGAAGAGAUCAGAUGUGAGUGUUAAAAUCAAAGCUGUGAAUUCCAACUCAAUUCCGGUUUCUAUUAAAGGCCAGAGUCACUUUACAUGGGAAAAAAACUCAAAUAUGACAACGAGGUUCAAGAGAAAAAGGUUGGAAUUUACAUCUGUCCUGCAUAUUGUCGCUUCCCAAAACUCCAACCAUGUGAUUCCCACAGAACAUUUUCUUUUGUUAAUUAUUUUUUCGAAACUUUUCAUCAUUGUGACACAGCUACCCCCCCCCCCCCCCAAAAAAAAAAAAAAACAUCUAACAUAGACCACAUGAACAUAACAGCUCACAACUGCGUAGAAAAAUGAUUUCCUGGCAGUUGUUGCUCAUUUUCUCACACGUUUUAAUAAUCUUACUUUUAUCUCUUUACCUCCUCUCUGCCAAAAGUUGAGUUUCGAACAGGAGCCCGAGGCAGCAGGGGUUCAUUACAUCUUAGUUUAAGUUUCCAUGAUGUUUCUGCUUAUUAACAAAAAUAUGUUCUCAUGCAGAUGGACAGAGAACAAAACAUAAAGUCAAAAUGUAAUUAAAUCAGGACACUGAAUGUUGUGAACACCUGUGCCAAAUGUCAUGUUAAUCAAUCCUAUAUUUGUGAUCUGGGCCGUCGGUAGUAUUUGGGCCAAAAAAAAGAGCAUAUGACUGAGAAUCCAUCUUUGUACAAUACCAGGUAUUUUAUUUUAUUUCAAGCUUCAUUAGGUUGCACAAAAUGCUUUGAAAGUGAUAUUGAUUAUUAGAACAGCCUUUAUUCUGUUAGUAUUUGACACACUAAAGACUGUGGUCAUCUGUGCCAAAUUUCAUGGUAGUCCAUUCUGUAGUUGUUGAGAUCUGGAACAUUUAGUUGCUGUUUGGUUAAAAAAAAAUCCGAGGUCCAAGAAUGGAACCUUGUGGAACACCAUAGAUUUAUUUUUUGAUUUUAAUCCUCAGAGCUCUAAGAAGCUCCAACUUCUCGUACGCCAAGGAAACACAGUAAUAGUUAUUGUGGUAACUACGAUUUGAUGUUUUCAUAGAUUGAAAUUUACCACAGAAACAUUAUUUAGAAUAUCAUGGUACAUAUAGUCAAUUUAAACUCUGUUCUCCACAUGAAGCCUUUCUCUGGAACCACAUGUGCAUUUUUUGUAUCACUGUUGAUUCUAAUGGGGGGGACCACUUCAGUUCUCAGGUUCUCUGUCAUGUUACCGCUUUUUGUACAUCUGAGAAAAAAUGUUUAAACUUGAAACUAAUUUUAUAAACCACACAUGAUUAACUCCAUAGAAUCAGAAAUGUUGUAAUUAACGAUCUUAGACGGAUACAAAUGUAAAUCGUGAGAAAUGCGGAAAAAAAGCACUGAACCCAAACAGUGAGCCUGUGUGAUUUUGUAGAUAAUUACUAAAGAGAUUAAAGAGAUUUUUUAUGAACGCA